AUGGCCAAUUUCUCGUAUAUCUGUCGUCACGUGGACUGCCCUUGGGAGAUUAACAAGGUCGUGUCCACGCUGGCCUUCGCCGCCACACGUUGUCCCGAUCUUCUCGAGCUUUGGAUCAUUCGGCAGCUCUUCUUCGAGCGUUACGGCGAGUUCUACGAUAUUGCGGCGGUGGAGACGGUGGAGGGUUUGCAUGGGAGUUGCGUUGACUUGGAAGUCGCGGAGAGGAUGGAGUGGAAGCAUGCUAGGGUUCCUUACGAUACCACGCUUUGCAAGGUUUGUGCGAUAGUUAAGCCAAGGAAGGAGGACGUUGGAGCUCGCGAUGAGGAAAAUUCUACAGGGGCGACCGAACGGUGA